AAAUAAUUUAUUAAUAAAAGUAAUUUUGUAUUAAAUAUUAAUUUAUUUUAAUAUUAUAAUUUAUUGUUUGCUUUUGCUAUCUGCUGCUAUGUUCCUCGACUAUACAAUUUAAACAAUUAAUAAUAAACGUGUACAAAUCAUAAAUUUUUUUAACUACAGCAAACUUAUAAUAAAUUAACCCAUUACAGGAUGUCUGGGUUAUAAAUUAACUGUAGUUUGAAAGUUCUAUCUGCUUUAAAUUAGGUAAUGGGUAGUCCAACAAAUUAAAACGGAACUUAAUUCAUCAUCAUUUUAGAAAAAAUAAAUAUUUUUCUUAUUUUAAAGUAGUUAAAAAAAAUAUUAGUGUAUUGGUGAGUUUGAAUUUCAUUUAAACUAGACUAUACUUCAUUAAUCAUUGAUAUGGAGAACGGUGACAAUGGUUUAAAUAGUUGUAGAAAAGUAGCAUUAAUUACAGGAAUCACUGGUCAGGAUGGAUCAUACCUAGCUGAGUUGUUGCUAGAUAAAGGAUAUGAAGUUCAUGGUAUUAUACGACGUUCAAGCACUUUUAAUACCGGCCGUAUAGAACAUCUUUAUUUAGAUCCUAAAUCACACAUGGAAGGCAAAAUGAAACUUCAUUAUGGUGACAUGACCGAUAGUAGUUGUCUAGUGAAAAUUAUAGGAAUGGUGAAACCUACUGAAGUUUAUAAUUUAGCUGCUCAAAGUCAUGUUAAGAUUUCAUUUGAUCUAAGUGAAUAUACAGCUGAAGUAGAUGGCGUUGGGACUCUCAGGUUACUAGAUGCCAUUAGAGCAUGUCAACUAGAAAACAGUGUACGUUUUUAUCAAGCUUCUACUUCAGAAUUGUAUGGAAAAGUUGUUGAAAUACCUCAAAAAGAAACUACUCCAUUUUACCCUAGAUCUCCAUAUGCGUGUGCCAAAUUAUAUGCUUAUUGGAUUGUAACAAACUAUCGAGAAGCAUACAAUAUGUAUGCUUGCAAUGGAAUUCUAUUUAACCAUGAAAGUCCUAGAAGAGGAGAAAACUUUGUGACUAGAAAAAUUACCAGAUCAGUAGCAAAAAUAGCAAUCGGUUCAUUAGAUUGUAUACAACUAGGAAACUUAGACUCUAAGAGAGAUUGGGGUCAUGCCAAAGAUUAUGUUGAAGCAAUGUGGUUAAUGUUACAACAGAAUAUACCUCAAGAUUUUGUGAUUGCUACUGGUGAAAUGCAUAGUAUUAGAGAAUUUGUAGAAAAAGCAUUCAAGCACAUUGGCAAAACAAUUAUUUGGGAAGGAAAAGGGUUAAAUGAAGUAGGAAAAGAAGAAUCUACAAAUGUUGUACGUGUUAAAGUGAAUGCUAAAUAUUUCCGUCCAACGGAAGUUGAACUUUUGCUGGGCGACGCCACCAAAGCCAAAACCGUACUCGGAUGGGCCCCCAAAGUGAAUUUCGAGCAACUGGUUUACGAUAUGAUGGAAGCCGAUCUAGCGCUCAUGAAGAAAAAUCCGUCGGCCUGAACUUCCUCGCCCGUGCAAUACUUAUUUUAUAUUGUGUUAUAUAAACUAUAAACCUUGGCUUAAUGUGUGCAUUUGAUUUAUUGGUGAUUUGUUAUUAUUGGAUUUAUAUAUUAGGACCUCAAGAGCCUAUCAUUUUGCAUAUUAUUAUACGUACCUAAUACCUAUAUAAUAUUUAUAUUCUUGGACUGUGUUUGUCUUUGAACGUUUCUGGUCGGGCUGCACACGUUUUGUUACUGGAUGCCUAUAGUGUAUAUUGUACCAACUAUAAAAGGAACCGGGAGUUAUAUAAUAUAUAUAUAUUGUAAACGUAUUAUAUUAUGUUUUAACUUCCUGUGGUGUUUGACUCUACGUCGUCUUUUGUUUAUUAUAUAUUUUUAUUUUCACUAUUUUUUAAGAUGAUUUUUACUUAUACUAAACGUGUUGAUUGUAAAAACUAAAAAUCUAAAGGCGUUUCGUGUGUUGGUGCAUUUAUUUUAUAUUCAAUUGUGUACCAACGAUUUGAUAAUUUUUAUUUUAUAAUCAUGUUAAACUGUUUUAAAGAAUUCAAUAUCAAUUUAUGGGUACAUGGCUGUAGCUGUUGGGGAAGAGGGAGUUCAGGGGUCUGUAUCUACUAUCUACCCCACAUUUUUUAAAAAGUAAAACAAUUUUAGCAAUAAAAAUUAACUUAACAGCAAUUACGGCUUUGUAUGUGUAGGUAGAUAGUAGGUAUCUGUUUAUUACGAUUUUUAAUUUAAAAUACUUGAAAAUUAAUAAUAAAUUAUAGUAGUUUUGAUAUUAUAAUAAUAUAAUGUACGACACAAACCCAAAGAUAUAAUUAUGUGUAGUAUAAUAAUAUACUAUCAGAAAGAUUUCAUUUUUUAUUAUUAUUUUUUUUUUAUCACAUAUAAUUUUAUCUUUUAUUAUUAUUUUUAAAUAAUGUUUUUUUUUGUUUUUUUCAGUUACCAUUUUAUUUUAUUAUGUUACAGGAAAAUUAAUACCUACUGUGAAAAAAAAAUGUAGAAAAUAUGGUACAUUCCAUAAUAUGUUUGUGUCUAUAUUACACAAUGCAUAUUAUAUUCAUAUAUACAUAUUUUAAUAUAUAUUAUAAUUGAUAACAUAUUGAUAGCUAAUAAUUAAUAACCAUGUUUAAUUAAACAACAGCAUAAACAUGAUAAAUAAUAUUUUAUAUCUGUGUCAGAAUAAUGAUAUACUGGUUACACUCA